AGUGGCGCAGGGCAGAGUGAGCGCCAGAGGGAUCGUGUUGGAGCGAGGCUUACGGGAGUUGCCGCUGCUGUUAAAAGGCUCCGACUUACCUGCGGUGGAGUGAGUUUGAGUACAGCACAGAGAGGCUGGCCGGCGGUUGCUCCUGCCGCCGCCACCACCACCACCGCUCUGCAGGGAGCUGGUGUUGGAAGUAGCCGAGCAGAGAGGGCAGCGAGUUCGGCCACAGAUCCGUGCAGGUCGAUCGGAGAGGGCGAGGGACCGGCAGGGGAGACCACUUCUGGCAGGAGGGGAUCGCGGCCACUAGCUUCGCUCGCUUUCUCUCUUUAUUUUGUCCAUCGUAAUUUAAAUGGAUCGGCAUCCGAAUCUCAUCACGCUUUGGCUGCAGCUGGAACUGUGCGCGAUGGCGAUCCUGUUGACCAAAGGUGAAAUUAGAUGCUACUGUGAUGCCCCUAAUUGUGUGGCAACGGGUUAUAUGUGCAAAUCGGAACUAUUGGCAUGUUUUUCAAGAUUACUGGACCCACAGAAUACAAACUCUCCUUUAACUCAUGGGUGCUUAGACAUGAUUUCAACUUCAGUUAACAUAUGCCACACAAAAGGACCGCAGAACCGCACAGGGGUCUGGCCCAUGUUGGAGUGCUGUUAUGAUGACAUGUGCAAUUAUAGGGGGCUUCAAGAUGUUCUUUCGCAUCCUCGGAGUGAGAUCUCUGAUCAGGGGAACCGAUAUCAUCAUGACUCCAGUAGCAAGAGCCUGAUCACCAGGGUUCAAGAACUCAAUUCCUCCAAGGAACUCUGGUUCAGAGCUGCAGUUAUUGCAGUGCCCAUAGCUGGCGGCCUGAUUUUGGUGCUACUGAUCAUGCUGGCCCUGCGGAUGCUCCGCAGUGAGAAUAAGAGACUUCGGGACCAACGACAGCAGAUGCUGUCUCGUUUGCAUUAUAGCUUCCAUGGGCAUCACUCCAAAAAGGGGCAGAUGGCUAAGUUGGACUUGGAGUGCAUGGUGCCUGUGACUGGACAUGAGAACUGUUGUAUGACCUGUGAUAAGAUCAGGCACUCUGACCUCAGUAAUGACAGGCUUCUCUCCCUGGUUCACUGGGUGUACAGUGGGCAUGGAAAGCUGGAGUUUGUAUGACUGAGUUUCAGCUUGAGCCGCUCAUGGUUCUAUUCUGUCGGACAAGUGCACUUUAUGUGAAAAGACAAUCAUGAACUUGAGAAGCUGUCAAUUGAAAGAAGACUCUAGGUUGAACAAGGGACCUCUAAUUCUAAUAUAUUCUAUUCUAGAGUUCUGGCAUGCCUCACUACAGGUUUCUCAUUUGCACACUUUGUAUAAAAAUGAAAUAGUUUCUAGAAACAUUUUGCAUAGCUCAAGGAGGGUACAAGAGGAAAAUGGAUUUCUUGAGCUAGCAGAAGUGGAGAAACUGAUGUAUACUUGUGUGCACUCCUGCUCUUUAUAUGUUUCCUGUUCCAAUUGAUUGAAAAGAUGAAAUAUAUUUUUUCUCUAAUUCUGAUAAAA